GUAAAACAAAACCGAUAAACUUGCAGUACGAUUUCUUCAUCUCUCCAUCUCUCUCGCGUAAUCCUAGGACGGAAGGAAACGAAUCUACUUCUCUUCUUCUCACCGUAAAUUCUCCUUUCCCCCUUACAUAUAUCAAACUCCUUCCUUCCGGAAUCAGCCGAUAUCCUCCCAAAAAAUAGUAGAAGCUUCCACGGCGAUAGGAAGUAGCACCACCAGAGCAGCGGGAAAAUGGCGCCGUCUCAUGUCGAUGACUUAGAACAGCUUCUCGACAGUGCUCUCGAUGAUUUCCAAAGUCUCAACCUCGCGCCACCGUCCUCACAAAGAACUGCUGGCGGCGGGGGAGGGGAUGGUGGCGAUAAGGAGAAGAGCAAGGUGGGGGAUUCAGUUCUUGGUUUGCCGGCUGGGGUUCAGGGUUUAGGUAUGGGACUGCCGCAACUGAAGAGCAAGAAGAAAGGGAAACAAAUGGCGGCGGCUUCUUCGAAGGAUACUCAUGUGGCUGAGGCGCUUGAUAAGCUUAUGGAGCAGACUAAAGAGGCUGUAAUGGGAUUGGAGUCCGUCACUGGUUCAAAGGAUGGUGGUGAUAAUAAGGAUGCUAUGGUGGAGGAUUGGGUUAAGCAGUUCGAGGAGCUUGCCUCUGGCCAGGACAUGGCGUCUCUUGUAGACACCAUGAUGCAACAGCUGCUGUCUAAGGAGAUUCUUCAUGAACCCAUGAAGGAAAUCGAAGGGAGGUAUCCGGCAUGGUUGAAAGACCACGAAUCAAGUUUGAGUAAAGAGGACUUUGAACGUUAUUCCAAUCAAUAUGAACUUAUAAAGGUUCUCAACGAGGUCUAUGAGAAUGAUCCCAGUAACUACACCAGGAUCACCGAGCUCAUGCAAAAGAUGCAAGAAUGCGGACAACCACCUGAUGAAAUCAUCCGGGAACUUGCACCUGAUCUCGAUUUGGCUACACUCGGUCAAAUAACACCCGAGAUGAUGGAUUCCCAACAAAACUGUAGCAUAAUGUGAAGGAAGGAAUGGAAUGCCUUCGUUAUUAAUGGAUCAAGUCACCAUCUUCCUUUUCUCUGUGAAACAUUUAUUUGUCUUGGUAACUUUCAUGGAUAAUAAUAUAAUGAAAUUAAAGUAGCAUACUUUAGUUUUGAUGCCAAUACAAAGCAGUGUGAUUGGGAAUUUCAGGGUUUUUUUAUUCAUUCAUCUUUCACAACAGUCACCCCUGUAAAGCAAACCAGAAGGCAUUGUUCCAUUUUGUUCUUUAAGUUGUAGUUGCAGGAGUGGGUUUAGACAAUGGCAGCUUAUAGGAUAGUUUGCUUUGAAUGAAUGGAUUGGG